AUGAGCCGCCAUUUCUUGUAUUAUUGUGGUGAACCUACUCUGGAUGUGAAGAUUGCCUUUUGUCAGGGAUUUGGGAAACAAGUGGAUGUGUCAUAUAUUGCCAAACAUUACAACAUGAGCAAAAGCAAAGUUGACAACCAGUUCUACAGCGUGGAAGUAGGUGACUCGACCUUCACAGUUCUCAAACGCUACCAGAACUUGAAACCUAUUGGCUCUGGGGCUCAGGGAAUAGUUUGUGCUGCAUAUGAUGCCGUCCUUGAUAGAAACGUGGCCAUUAAGAAGCUCAGCAGACCAUUUCAGAACCAAACUCAUGCCAAGCGAGCUUACAGGGAGCUGGUCCUUAUGAAGUGUGUGAAUCAUAAAAAUAUUAUCAGUUUAUUAAAUGUCUUCACACCACAGAAAUCUCUGGAGGAGUUCCAGGAUGUUUACCUGGUAAUGGAGUUAAUGGAUGCCAAUCUGUGCCAGGUCAUUCAGAUGGAGCUAGACCAUGAGCGAAUGUCUUAUCUACUGUACCAAAUGCUCUGUGGUAUCAAGCAUCUUCACUCUGCAGGAAUUAUUCACAGGGAUUUAAAACCAAGUAACAUUGUGGUAAAAUCUGACUGCACGUUGAAGAUUUUGGAUUUUGGACUGGCCAGGACUGCAGGCACUAGCUUCAUGAUGACUCCAUACGUAGUGACACGUUACUACAGAGCACCAGAGGUCAUCUUGGGAAUGGGCUACAAGGAGAACGUGGAUAUAUGGUCUGUGGGAUGCAUUAUGGGAGAAAUGGUUCGCCACAAAAUCCUCUUUCCAGGAAGGGACUGUAUCCUUGUGCCAUUUGCUGCAGCUUCACCUAUUAUUUGUUCCUCUCCUCCACCCCAUCCCUUUUGCCAUGUAAUGACCAUACCAGGACUGUAA